AUGGCAUGGCGCUGUAGUGCAAAAUCCAACUCGGGUCUGGUCGAUAACCUCCUGUGUAAGCGUCGUGCCGUUCGCGCAUUCCCAGCGCUGAGCUGUCGGCGGGUCAACACCCCGUUGCCAACGCUGCUCGACUCGCAACCAGACAAUUCUUUGCAUUCGGUUCUUUCUCUUUGCGCGUUCGAACUGACCACGCCACUGGAGUGGCUUCGUUCUGAUCAUCAGCCUCAGGUUUGAUCAGCAGCCCCAGAGUGUAUCAGGCCUUCCUCGAGACCGACCGUGGGCAUUUCACUCCGGUACAGCCCUACAUGGACUCGCCUCAGGUGAUCGGAUACGGUCAGUUCACCGACACUCUUGAGCCCUUGUCCUUCUCUCUGAACCGCUGCGCGGUCUCGUCUCUUGUUCAUCAGAGGUCAGGCUGCCGCGGCUAGGCUGACUUUAGCAUCCCCGUGGAACGCAGGCGCCACCAUUUCUGCACCUCAUAUGCACGCUCACGCCGUCGAGAACCUGGAGGGGUUGCUCCAACCAGGGGCUAACGUGCUCGAUGUCGGUUCGUCAGCCCUUCACUUCCGUCUCGGAGUAUUUGUGGGCUACGUGCUCAUCUCACGGGCUUUUGACUCUUUUCCAUAGGAUGUGGAUCGGGCUACCUCAUGGCAAUCUUCCACGCGCUGGUCGGACCUUCGGGCCUCGUCGUCGGCAUCGACCACAUCCCUCAACUGACCUCGCUCGCGUGCACAAAUCUCGUGAAAGCCCCCAGCACGUCGUCUGCGCUUACGGCGGGCUCGAUCAAGCUCGUCACCGCCGAUGGUCGCCGUGGGGCGCCUUCCGAGGUAUUUCCCUCCGAAGGGUUCGACUGUAUCCACGUCGGAGCGGCGUCUCCUGUGUGGCCGACGGAGUUGGUCAAACAGCUCAAGAGCCCGGGGAGGAUGUUUGUUCCCUUUGGCGAAGACGAGCAGGAGGUCUUUCAGAUCGACAAGGAUCGCAACGGCGAAGUCUCGAGCCAGAAGCUGUUUGGUGUGAGAUACGUCCCGUGAGUCAGACCCGCCGGAAUCGUCGCCGAGUAGAGCAGAAAGAGAUCUGACCCGCAUCCUCCCUUUGACGCGCAGCUUGACCGAUCGAGACAAGCAAUGGAAACCGUAA